CUCCAAAGUCACAGUCAAAAAGUCGCCAAGAUGGAAAACGACAAGGGUGAACUCGUCGACCUUUACGUCCCCCGCAAGUGCAGCGCCACCAACCGCAUCAUCAAGGCCAAGGACCACGCAUCUGUCCAGAUCUCCAUCGGCAAGGUUGACGAGAACGGCCGAUACACAGGCGAGAGCCAAGUCUACGCCCUUUGCGGCUUUGUACGAGCAAUGGGCGAGAGCGACGAUUCCCUGAACCGAUUGGCGCAGCGAGAUGGUCUGUUGAAGAAUGUCUGGAGCGGAAGCAGUCAACGAUAAAUGCAUAUUGCGGUGGUGUCUUCGGGUACGGCUCACGCGAAAGAUCUGGGGAGCCUCUGCUAAUCAGGGUCGCAGAUUUGCUGUUAUGGGCAGGGCUGGCUGGGAAAGAUGAGAACAAAUCUGGUGGAGAGCAAUGGCCUGGUUUGGUGUUAAGCUGAGAUAGCCACUCUUCGCAUGUGAUUAUGAAUCGACAACCUUUUC